AUGCCUGGUUUCGGGACCUACUUCAAGAUGUUCGCCUCGGGCGCUGUGCUGUGCAUUGGAGGUCCCGCACUCGUCUACUACGUGUCUCCAACCGAGGAGGAGCUGUUCAAGAGAUACAACCCGGAGCUGCAGAAGCGCUCUCUGGAGAACCGCAUUGGAAAGCAGCAGGACUUUGACGAUUUUGUCGGCAGGCUAAAAGAGUACUCCAAGUCAGACAAGCCGAUCUGGGAAGCCGCAGACGAGGCACAGCGCAAGCACUCGGCGCUGCAGCGCCAGAAGAUUGUGGACGAACAGCGCCAGCUGGCUGUCGACGUUGAGCAGAGACGCCAAGAGAUGCGGCAGUCCGCUGGAGAGCAAUGA